UUGUCCAAACCCGGAAGUGAAGAUGGCGACUGCCUACGAGAGGUUCAACCUGCAUGCAACACCUGAGAAGUUUUACAUUGAGGCAUGUGAUGACGGAGCUAAUGACGUUCUGGUUAUUGAUAGGGUGUCAACUGAAAUUAUCCUUGCAGGUAUUAAGGACAUCCCCCCAUCUGGCAUUACCAGGCCCAUUUGUGGAAUCAUGGGAACAAUUCGUCUGGUGGCUGGGAUGUACCUCAUAGUCAUCACCAGGAAGAGGAAAGUGGGUGACCUGUUUGGCCACACUGUGUGGAAAGCGGUGGAGUUUGAUGUGAUUUCUUAUAAGAAGACCAUUUUGCACCUCACAGAUGUUCAGAUGCAAGACAACAAGAAGUUUUUGGCCAUGAUCAAUGGUGUGCUCAACACAGACGGCUUCUACUUCUGCACAGACUAUGACCUGACGCACACCCAGCAGCGCUUGGCCAACACCAGCCCCGACUUCCAGGAGAUGAGCCUGCUGGAGCGGGCAGACCAGAGGUUCAUGUGGAAUGGAAACCUUUUAAGGGAAGUCAUCGCACAGCCAGAGCUCCACAAGUUUGCUUUUCCUGUCAUCCAUGGAUUUAUUGUGAUGAAGCCGUGCUGCAUUAAUGGGAAAGUGUUUGAAUGGAUCCUCCUCUCUAGACGGAGCUGCUUCAGAGCCGGGGUGCGCUAUUAUGUCAGAGGCAUUGACUCGGAGGGGCAUGCUGCUAACUUCGUUGAGACAGAACAGAUAGUCCUGUACAAUAAUGCAAGGGCCUCCUUUGUGCAGACGCGAGGCUCCAUGCCCUUUUACUGGUCUCAAAGACCCAACCUGAGGUACAAGCCCAAACCACAGAUAAGCUCUGAAACCAAUCAUAUGGACGGAUUCAAGAGGCAUUUUGAGUCGCAGGUUCUCAUUUAUGGAAAGCAAGUGAUUCUAAACUUGGUCAAUCAGAAAGGGUCUGAAUUGCCACUUGAACAGGCCUUUGCCAAAAUGGUCAACGGCAUGGAAAAUGGAUUAAUCAAGUACAUAGCCUUUGACUUCCACAAAGAAUGCAGUAAGAUGAGAUGGCAUCGCCUACAGAUUCUGGUCGACGCAGUUUCUGACACACAAGACGAGUUUGGGUAUUUCAUGCUGAGCUCAGAUGGGACGGUGUCAUCUGAGCAGUCUGGAACAUUCCGCAGUAACUGUAUGGACUGCCUGGACCGCACCAACGUCAUUCAGAGUCUGCUGGCCAGACACUCACUACAGAUCCAGCUACAGAGGAUGGGUGUCCUCCAUGUGGGACAGAAGAUUGAGGAACAGGCUGACUUUGAGAAGAUUUAUAAGAAUGCAUGGGCAGACAACGCCAAUGCCUGUGCUAAACAGUAUGCUGGAACUGGAGCCCUGAAAACUGACUUCACCAGAACAGGGCAGAGAACACACUGGGGCUUGAUAAUGGACGGCUGGAAUUCAAUGAUCCGUUACUACAAGAACAAUUUCUCAGAUGGCUUCAGACAAGACUCCAUUGAUCUCUUCCUUGGAAACUACACAGUGGAUGAAACUGAUGGGCUCACACCUCUUCACGUGCAGAAGGACUGGAAGUUUCUAUUGCUUCCUGUUGUUAUGGUGGUGGCUUUUUCCAUGUGCAUCAUCUGUCUUCUAAUGGCUGGUGACACAUGGACUGAGACGCUAGCGUAUGUGGUAUUCUGGGGCAUGGCUAGUGCCGUCACAGCUGCUAUCAUUGUGGUCAACGGACGAGAGUUUGUGGACGCACCCAAACUGGUCCAGAAAGAGAAGAUGGAUUGAAUAAGGAGACCUUUUCUCUUUUGCUUUCUCUCUGUCCUGUUCCUACACUUUAGUUUCCUCCCAGAUACAUCAUGCUUGAGUUUAUGCUGACAUCUCCACACCGUCCUUUAAAUUAUGUAAAGUAGUCCUGUUCCUGUGGACGGAGCAUUUAAGACAACAUGCAAUAUCAUAUGCAUUACAUUUAGAUUUAGUUACUGUUUAUAAUAAACCUUUAUUUGAAAUCAUGGUAUGUGGUGCCCAAACUUCAUGACAAUUUCUAAUACUUCACGUUGUUGUCCAGGUCAUAUUUCACCAAAAUAAAAAAUGUAAUUUCAUUUUUUCGUUUUUGUGACAACUCGGCAUAUUUUAUGUUUUGUAGUAAUUCCAGUAAUGAAAGUCUAGAUUGGUUUUAUUAUUAUUUAAUACAACAUAAAUUAUAUUCAGAACAACAAAUCUUUUCACGUUACUGUAAGGACAAUGACAUUUUUCCAUAUUACAGAAAGGUAUUUCACAAUGCAAAAAAUCUUAAUGGUCCUAAAAAGAUUUAAUUAUGUAGGUUUCAUUUUCUUCAGCCAAAUUAUUUAAAAAAAAAAUAUAUAUAUAUAUAUAUAUUUUGUGGUGAAAUAUGACACUUCACUACACAAAGUUGUUGUAAGAUACAAUCAUGUGCAUUGUGCAAGAUGCAUCUAGUUUAAAAGGCUAUAUUUUUAUUUCUUGGCGAUCAAAUUGGCCCGGUGUGAAAUCAGAGCUAUUUAAGAGUUUCUACAUCAUGAUUUUAGAAACCUAGAUGUGUGCUCAUUUAAGAUCCAUGAGAUUGUUACACAAGUGAAUGUUACAUGAUGCAGUCCUUGAUUAUUAUCAAUCUGUUCUGAACUCCGCCGUGCACUCUGGGUAUAUUUUGACAUAUUUAUUGAAAUGGUAUUUUGGUUUGUAUUGUACUGUCCUCCACCUACCAGCAUAUUUAGGGUAUUGUAUAUCUCAUAAACAAUCAAAUUGGACAACAGAGAUGACCCACUAAGGGGAGGAAGAGGUUUUAAGUACUGUUUCUUUAUAAGUUUACAGACAAUUGUGUGAGCAACACUUUCCUAUUUAUUUCACUUCAUGGACCAAUGAAAACACACAUAAAAAAGAAGUUUAAACUUACUAUUUAAUGGCUCUGUGACUGCAGUUCUCUUCAGUUUCCAGUGACAGUUCAUUAGAUGGAAAUAACAACACAUCAGAAACCUGUCAAAUCAGUGUGCACUUAUAAUUGAAUAAAUGUAACCAUUUUAGCAUGUGAUUGAAUUGUAAGUUAAAUUAUGAGCAUUAUAUAUAUCGGAACAAAAUGUUCAAGCCCUUUUCACACCUUGUCACCCUUUCAACUGAUCUAUAUGUUGAUUUCAUGGUGGUAUAUUAAUUGCUUGCCCAUAACCCAGUAAUUAACUUUUACCUUGACAUGAACUUUUCACUUUUCUUUC